UACUGCCCCUUCACCCCUUACCCGAAUACACUCUCCAUUGUCGUUGCAUUGUGAGCUCGAGGUCAUUCUUCGUCUUCUAUACAUUUCUCAGAUUUAGGAAUUUGUAGUUGGGUGUCUGUUCAGAAUGUCGGGUCGGGGAAAAGGAGGCAAGGGAUUGGGAAAGGGAGGAGCCAAGCGUCACAGGAAGGUCCUCCGCGAUAACAUCCAGGGUAUAACCAAGCCGGCCAUCCGUAGGCUGGCCCGUAGAGGCGGCGUGAAGCGUAUCAGCGGUCUCAUAUACGAGGAGACUCGCGGCGUGUUGAAGAUCUUUCUGGAGAAUGUGAUUAGGGAUGCCGUUACCUACACGGAGCACGCCCGCCGCAAGACGGUUACUGCCAUGGAUGUGGUGUAUGCCUUGAAAAGGCAGGGGAGGACUCUGUACGGAUUCGGUGGGUGAAUCGUUUGUACUGGUUUUUUGUUAUGAGUCUUGCUGUCAAGAAAAUUAGAACUGUCAACAAUGGCUGGGCUCUUUUCUUACUCACUUUUUUGUAAAUACUCAUUGUUGGGUAUUGUGUUCUUAGGUUGGUUGUAGUUUAGUCACUUUAGUGUUGGUGUUGAACGCUUUAUGUUUUGUUUCAGUAAUGGGAAAUUUGUUGUGGAAA